GAUAAAUCCCAGCAAUUUAUUCGACGACGACGACGACGACGGAAAUGAAUCACGAAAGUGUCACCGCUGAUCAAACACGCGAUUUACCGGCGUCGGCUGCCAGCACUAUCGAAGGGCAAGAUAAAAGUUAAAUUUCAGUGAUCCAAUAUCCAAACAUCAUCGGGGUGCGAUACGUGACAGUGCAUGCAUUUGUCCUGGACGAGCGGGUGGGGGUUGAAUUCGAACCAGUUUCCAGUGGAUGGUGCUGGAACCGGAUGCGCAGCUGACUAAACAUAACCUCCAAACGUUGGCGUUGGCGGUGGUGUUUCGGUGGUGACAGCGGCCAAGUCGCAGAAGCAGAAGAAGAAAAAAGUGUAGUGAAUAAUUUCCGUUUUCCCAACGAUCAGAGAAAAAUCAUACAAACAUGUCACUCACGGUGCGGAUCAACAAAUUUCAACUCCCGAAGGCGAAGACCAACCUGCUCGGGCGGGUUGAGUUCAGGGGUGUUGCUCACACAACAACGGAACUCAACUGUAGUACUGAAUUCGUGGAUGUCAAUCAGAGCUUCAUAUGGCCCCUGGCGCGAUCGGCCGACGAGGAUGAGACGGUGAUUGUCGAGCUGCGACAGCAGACGACCAAGAUUCUGCUCAAAACCGGCAUCGGCGGAUCCGCUACGAGCCGGGGCGGCAGCCGCGGCACCAUCACCAGCAGCACGAAAAUCAUCGGCCGGUACGUGAUGCUGAUGCAAGGUCUGCUCCGCGAGGGUCGUCUCCACGUGCAGGAUCGCCUGGUGGACCUUUCCAACAAGCCAAUCGACGCCUACGUCAGCUUCGACGUGAGCUACCAAAGUCCGGACGACGAGGCGGGUAACUUCGAUUCAUCGCACGUGGUCCGGACGUUGCGUCAGCAGCAAUCCAAUAGCAUCGACGACGACCAGCAGAUGCUUCUGGACAUCGAACAGAACAUUGCCAACCUGGAGAAGAGUCUAAUUAGGCGCGAUGGCGAUCGUAGUGGUGCUGCUGGGACCACUGUGGCCAGUAGGAGUUCCUUUUCCGGAACUGACGGCGGCGGUAGCAAACCGAACAUCCUGAAGCGAGUAAUGUCCUCCGGAUCGACUUCACUGCACGAAAAGAGCCAAUACCCGGCGGCCAAGCACGAUAAGGCUUCUUCGGACAACGAAUCCUCCUCCAAACCGGCCAAGUCCAUUUCGGACAAGAAGGUCACCCUACGGACGGUUCGGAACUUUAUGAAGCUGGGCCGUUCGAGGCAUCCCUCGCGGGAAAGUCGAGACAGUAGCACCGAGGACGAAGGGCGAUCGUUGAUCACCGACUCGGAGGAAGCUCUGGCCGGAGGUGGUCCGGCCAGUUUAGGUCACCAAAGCAGCAGCCACGCAAACGAUCCAACGACGCCGGCGAUGACAAGCCCGAGCACGGCCGGUGGAACCGCUCAGGGAUACGAGAACCUUUCGCAGGCCGGCAGUACCCACUCGAAUGCCUCCAGCGACGGGGAAGAGAACACCAACAAUGAAAAGCUAAAAAAGAUCAAGCAUCUGGCCAAGUGCAACGAUCACCUUAAGUCGCAGGACUUCCAGGUGUGUGUGACGAUCAUCGAAGCGAGGCAGCUGCCCGGACUGAACAUGGACCCGGUUGUCUGCAUCCAAGUAGGCGACCAGAAAAAAUACACCAGCGUCAAGGAGAGCACCAACUGUCCGUACUACAACGAGUAUUUCGUGUUUGAUUUCCACAUGCCUCCGGUGAUGCUGUUCGACAAAAUAAUAACGCUAUCUGUGAUACAUUCACGCAAAUUUAUGCGCUCCGGAACGGUGGUCGGUUCGUUCAAGAUCGACCUGAAAACGGUGUACGAUGUCCCGGACCACCAGUUCUAUCACAAGUGGGCGCUGCUAACCGAUCCGGAAGACUUCAUUUCCGGACCCAAGGGAUACCUGAAGUGCGACGUCGGCAUCAUCGGCAAAGGCGAUACGGUGAAAGUUCCUCCCAAGUCCGAAAAAGAUCCGGAUGACAUUGAGGCUAACCUGCUCCUUCCGGACGGAGUUCCCAUCGAGCGGCAACGGGCCAAGUUCAUCGUGAAGAUCUACCGAGCCGACGGCCUUCCGCGGAUGAAUUCUUCCAUCAUGGCAAACGUCAAACGGGCCUUCACAGGGGAAGCCAAGGAUCUGGUCAACCCGUACGUGCAGGUCUCCUUCGCUGGAUUAACCGGGAAAUCCACCGUCAAGAAGGCCUCGUACAAUCCGGUGUGGAACGAGCAGCUGGUGUUCACAGAGAUGUUUCCACCAUUGUGCCAGCGGAUAAAGGUUCAACUAAGGGAUGCCGACCCGAUGAAGCCGUCGAUCAUCGGUACGCACUACAUCGAUUUGAAGCAGAUCUCCAAUGAUGGCGAGAAAGGCUUCCUGCCAACGUACGGACCUUCGUUCGUACACCUGUACGGUUCAACGAGGGACUACAACCUGUUGGAUCAGCAUUCGAAUCUGAACACGGGACUGGGCGAAGGAGUGAGCUACCGUGCUAGGCUGCUGAUUGCCAUCAGGACGGAGAUCACCGAUAACGUGGAGUUGUUUACGGACAAAAAUGUCGACCUGGAGUCUACGCUUCCGAUUUCCGAGUCAUCGUACUGCAAAAACGAUGACUUCUUCCUCUUCGGCACCGUGCUGGAAGCGUCCAUGAUCGACAAGAAGGUCUGCGAUCGGCCGGUCUUCUUCGAGCUGAGCAUGGGCAACGCCGGCAACUCGCUGGACGGCCACAACGAGAGCGCAACGAACAUGAGCGACGACGACGAGCUGGAAUCGGUGGAUAUGACCUCGUACAGCAGUACUACAAGUGCCUCGAAACCGAUCACGCACGACAAGAACCAUUUCUUCCUGCCGUACUGGGACAACAAACCGUGUAUGGACGUGCGGUGUUCAUUUCCGGACCUCCGCCGGCGGAUGUACAACAGUAAUAUGAUCGCGAAAAUCACCGAACGCAUGGAGUUGGGACUGGCGGAAGCGAACCUGCUGAUCGAGGAUGAAGAUCCGACGGCGGAGGUCAAAUUGAGGGGAUUGCUGGAGGAGGUGGCAACCAGUUGCAACAAGUACGUGCAGAUUACGAAGGGUGCACUGGUUGGUCCGGGAACAGGUAAGACCAAGCUGGACAAAGAGCGGAUGAAACUGUGUCAACGAGAAGUCGAGUCCAUCGGUAAUAUGUCCCGAAACUUGCGAGCGCUGGUGACGAAGAGCUCGAUGAAGGAACGGUACAAGACGGCAUACAGCUACUUGGGUAAGCUGAAGUUCCUUAUCGAUGAUCCACAGCACUCACUUCCGGAUGUGUUCAUCUGGAUGGUUGCGAAUGGGAAACGCGUGGCGUACCACAGGCUAAGUGCACGGGACUUGAUCUAUUCUACAACGGAAGAGGAAACGGGAAUCUUCUGCUCGAAGGUUCAGACGAUCUUCCUGAAGUUACCGGGCAAGCAAGCGGAGGGCCCAGCAGGAUGGCAAGUGAGAGCGAAGCUGCACAUCUACCUCUGGUUGGGAGUGUUGAAGCACAAGAAGUCCUUCUACGCUGGACUUCCCCGAGGGUACGAGAUGUCCAAUGAGUUGAAGCAUGCGGAUAAGCCAAAUGUGCAGGCUCCGACUGACAUCCGAUACGUGGACAAACACGUAUUUCAGCUUCGAGCGCACGUCUACCAGGCGAGAUCGUUGAUUGGGUCGGAUGCUUCCGGGUUGAGCGAUCCAUACGCAACGGUGUUCAUUACCGAGUAUUCGAGGACUACGCAGGUGAUCGAGGAAACGCUGAGUCCAACGUGGGAUGAGCAGUUGGUUUUCGACGAGAUUGUGAUCUACGGGGCGAAGGAGGAGAUCAAGAAAGAUCCACCGACGAUUGUGAUAGAUAUCUACGACCAAGAUAAGGUCGGCAAGUCUGAAUUCAUAGGAAGGGCCUUGGCAAAACCGAGGAUUAAGCUGAAAGAUAAUCACUACUCGAACCCGGUACUAGAGUGGUUCGAGAUAGCUCGAGGACUGGACAAUGCCGGAGAGUUGCUAGCUGCGUUUGAAAUGCUGGAGUUGGGGUCGGACGACAUUCCGAGGCUAACCGAUCCGAAGUAUAUCGCGACGGAGUUCCGUGGUGAUAAAACUGGCCCGUCAACGAUGACUAUCCUACCGGUUCCGAGGGAGGUUCGCCCGAACCUCGCCCGGUUCCGUAUCGAGGUACUGUUUUGGGGCUUGCGGGACCUGAAGCGAGUGCACUUCAUGACGGUGGACAAGCCACGGAUAGACAUCGAAUGUUCCGGAAAAAUACUCAAUUCCAGCAUCAUCCAGAACGCCAAGAAGAAUCCAAACUUUGCCAAUAUGCUCAAGUUCUUCGACUUGGAGCUUCCUCUGGAGGAACGGUAUGCUCCACCGAUCACCAUUCGCGCCGUAGAUUGUCGAUCCUUUGGCAGGUACACCCUUGUAGGAACCCACCAAAUUACAUCCAUUCACAAGUACAUGCAUAGGGCACCUCCAAAGGACGACACUAGGCGCGUGAACCAAAACGGUCAGAUAGUCCUCUCGAAACAGAUGGACAUAAUGGGAAACAACACGGCCAUGCCCAAUGACAGCUCCAUGAUGAAGUCGAUAUCCGGAGAUAAUCUCACGCUAUACGGUGCCGCUUGUGUAAGCAAGGUCGUCAAAGGCAAGAAACCUAAGAGGAAGCUGGAACACGAAGACACCUUCGAUGCGGAAGACGAUGACGAAUCAAGCAAAGACUGGUGGACCAAGUACUUCCUAUCCUACGAACGACUGAUCGAAGCCUCGAAGCCUUCAGCCCAAUCUAGAGCACUGGAAAAUCACGUACAGGCCACCGAAGGUGGUAAGAAACUUGGAGUGAAGACCUCAAAACUGGUGUCCAAACUCAGUCCAAAGACAACUCCAAAAAAGAUAGCCACUCCGAACACUGCCACCUGCCACAUCUAUCCGGGCGAAUUGGAAUCUCUACCAGAGUACAACAACUUCAAGGAAUGGCUGCUAUCGUUCCCGCUGUACCGCGGCAAGAAAACCGGUGACAGUACGGAGGACGAAAAUCGAAUAGUGGGUUUCUUCAAGGGAGCGAUCAAGGUAUACAAGCUCCCGAUCGAGAAGGGCAUGGAACUAGCAUUCGCUCCAACGCUUCCUCUAAACGAUCCCAUCCACGUGCUGGUGCGAGUUUACAUCGUCAAAGCUACCGAUCUGCAUCCGAUGGAUCUGAACGGCAAGGCCGAUCCGUACGUGGUGCUCCAGCUCGGCGGCAAACGGGUCUCCGACAAGGAGAACUACGUCAGCAAGCAGUUGAACCCGGUGUUCGGUAAGUGUUUCGAAAUCGAGGCGACCUUCCCGCAGGACUCAAUGCUAACCGUGCAGAUCUACGAUUGGGACCUGGUGGGAUCGGAUGACCUGAUCGGGGAAACCAAGAUCGACCUGGAGAACCGAUUCUACACUAAACACCGGGCGAUGUGCGGUAUCGCUGCGCGAUACGAAGACAAUGGAUACAACCAAUGGCGUGAUCCCAUGAAACCGACGCAGAUCUUGACCAAGCUGUGCAAGGAGAACAAGCUGGAACCACCGCAGUACCAGCAGGAUCGAGUCAUGAUCGGUCGGUACUGUUUUACGUUCACCACCGAGGAGAUUCAGAUGUGGAACCAACCGACAACUUGCAAGUUUCGGGAUGAACAUCUGGCACUGGCCGUUAUCCACCGAUGGGAGGAAGUUCCCCGAGUCGGUUGCAAGAUCGUUCCGGAGCACAUCGAGUCUCGAUCGCUGUACAGCUACGAUAAACCAGGAAUCGAACAGGGCAAGCUGGAGAUGUGGGUUGACAUGUUUCCGAUGGACAUGCCCCUGCCGGGACCUCCCGUCGAUAUAUCGCCCCGCAAGCCAAGGUCCUACGAGCUGCGAGUCGUCAUCUGGAACACGGACGACGUAGUGCUGGAAGACGAUGCGUUCUUUACCGGCGAGAAGAUGUCCGACAUCUACGUGAAGGGGUGGCUCAAAGGCCCGCAGGACAUCCAAGCGACGGACAUUCACUACCGAUCGCUCACCGGUGAGGGAAACUUCAACUGGCGGUUCAUCUAUCCGUUUGAGUAUCUGGCUGCCGAAGAGCGGAUCGUUCUCUCCCGGAAGGAAUCCCUCUUCAGUUGGGACGAGACGGAGGUGAAGAUUCCGGCCCGAUUGGAACUGCAGGUAUGGGAUGCGGAUCAUUUUUCGGCGGAUGACUUCCUUGGGGCGAUCUCGCUGAACCUGAACCGGUUCCCAAGGGGGGCCAAAUCGUCCAAACUGUGCACCCUGGAUAUGCUCAAGACGGACAACGUGCCGACGGUGAACAUUUUCAAGCAGAAACGGGUGCGCGGUUGGUGGCCGUUCUUCAUCAAGAAGGAGAACGACGAGAUGGAACUGACGGGCAAAGUGGAGGCGGAGAUUCACCUGCUCACGAAGGACGAAGCGGAAAAGAACCCCGCCGGGUACGGGAGGAACGAGCCGGAUCCGCUGGAGAAGCCGAACCGCCCGGACGCUUCGUUCAUGUGGUUCCUGAAUCCGCUCAAAUCGAUCCGGUACAUCGUCUGGCACAAUUACAAGUGGCGCAUCAUCAAGGGCCUGAUCAUCCUCGGGCUGGCCAUCCUGCUGCUGCUGUUUUUCUACGCCAUUCCGGGUUACUCCGUCAAGAAGAUGCUCGGAGCGUAAGUGAAUCGGCAGGAAGUCGGAACUUUCUCUCGCUCUUGAAUAAAUUUUCAUCUUCCGAUUUUUCUUAAGCGAUCAUGCACAAACAAUCACUGACACACACACAAACUCACCCAUGUUGACGGACGUCAGGUGAAAUUUGUAAACAACAGGUAUUGCUUAUGAGUUCCCUUCUUCCGGAAGGCAAAGCCUUCCGGUGUUCCGUUUUCCAAGACUGUACCCUACCUGAUUUAUUGUUUAUUGGAGUGAGGGUUUUUUUUCCUAAUUGAUUUUAAUCGUUUUUGUAUGAAAAGUUUUGACUGUUUUCUACUGUAGAAUCACGAGAGAAUAACAUCGAAUGACAGCGUUCUUGCAUAUCAGUAUUAAAAGACCAUCACUUUUUCAAAUCAAAGUAGGCGCUUUAGUAAGAAUGGUAAUCAAGUCAGUAGAAAGAAACGCGGUGUACAAAUAUUAGAGAAAAUUUAACAAAAUACAAUAUGAAUGACAUUUUGUAAAUAAUGUGAACUGAACUGUCAUCGUUUUCUCCAAUCGAAUCAUAUUUGCCAUUCAACUUUAUCUUCACAAAAUUUCAUCCAAUUUUGACGCACGUAGACAGACAGAAAACAACGCAAACAGUAAGUAGAUAACUUUUAAACUUCCCAAAAUCAGAAUUUGCCAACUAUUUAUCUUCAAACAAUCCACCAUCUGAGCUGAUUAUAGAAAAAGCUAGUAGUUAGUGUGCGAUCAAACAAAUCAAUAGAUAUCAAAUCCCUCAUCAUAUCGCUCAACAAUCUUAGAGAGAGACAGAGCUUCAAGUCAGACCAAUCAGUACCAGUACCAUGUUAAUCAUUGUUAAAAAUUGAUAGACCCCCGAAUUGCACAACAUUAAAACAAGAAUAUCAAGUUUUUAAACGUAAAUUAUUGUUACUGCAUAUUUAUGAAGAUGAAUUUUAUUCCUCAACCAACUCCAGCAGAUAUCAAAGCGCGCGAGUGUGAAAGGUUUUAAAUCCCGUUGAAGAAGCUAUAGUUAUAUUUGGAGUUUAAUUUUCGUUUGCCUUUGACAUUGGAAGUAGGCUCGAACGUCUCAAAUGUCACUUCCUCUAGCUCCGCAACAACACGACUUCAUAAUGGAUUGUUAGAAAACGAAACACAGAUACCUAUACUUAUACACAACUCUAAAGCUUUAUUUCCUCUACGGAUCUACACCUUAAAUAUGAAUGUAAACACCAAAACAAAAACAAAACACGAUGCAGCUACUCUCCCAGAGAAUCAAUCCACCUGUACUACCGACAAGGAUCAAAAUAUUGCUCUUUAAUAUUAGUAAAAUUCUAACUUACAAGUUAAUAUAUUCCAAAUUUUAAACACGUACACAAAUUGACAACACAAA